GCCCACCCAGCUCCACCCCCCCCCUCUCCCCGCCGUACCCGGAAGUGUCACUCCGGUGUCUUCGCCGCGUCUCCCCCAGGAGGGGCUCCCCACGACCCCCGUCUCGCCGCGUUCCUCACCGCCGCCUCCUCCGCCCUCCUCCUCUCGGGCCCUGGGCCUCCGGUCCCUCCGCGCUUCCCUCUCGUCUCGUUAUGCGCGAGCAUCGCGGGCCAUGCUGGAGCGAAUCCUCGCCAGUCUGGGGCUGAGAAGAUCCGCUCCACCGGUCGACCUCCGCUCCAUCCACGUGGGGGAUGGCUUCCCGCCGGGACCCUACGUGCAGCACUCGUACCGAGGACAACACAAUCACCUCGUCCAAGUACACACUUUGGAACUUCUUCCCGAAGAAUCUCUUCGAACAGUUCCGACGCAUCGCCAACCUCUACUUCCUCAUGGUCUUCCUCAUCCAGCUGCUCGUGGACACGCCGACCAGCCCCGUGACGAGCGGAGUGCCGCUGCUCUUCGUCAUCACGGUCACAGCCAUCAAGCAGGGCUACGAGGACUGGCUGCGCCACCGCGCCGACAGAGAAGCGAACCACGCGGAUGUCUACACCGUGAAGAGCGGACACCUGGUGCGCCCGUACGCUUGCAAGCACGUCCGCGUGGGAGACAUUGUGUACGUGCGGUGUGAGGAGUCGUUCCCGUGCGACCUUGUGCUGCUCACUUCCAACUGGAGCGAUGGGCGAGCACUUGUCACCACGGCGAGCCUGGACGGCGAGACCGACCUCAAGACGUACUUGGCCCCUGCUCGCUCGCCCCGCGUUCGCUCUCCCCAAGACUUUUCGGGGUUCUCCGCCGCUGUCGAAUGUCGCCAGCCGCAUCCCGACCUCUACAGGUUUGAAGGUCACAUCACCAUCCACAACGCGGAGGAAGCGGAGCUGAGCGUCCCUGACUCGCUGGGCCCUGAGAAUCUGCUGCUGCGUGGAUCCAGACUCAAGAACACCGACUUCAUCUACGGUGCUGCAGUCUACACCGGCAUGGAGACCAAGAUGGCCCUCAACUAUCGCUCCAAGUCGCAGAAACGCUCCGUCGUCGAAGUGUCCAUGAACUCGUUCCUGCUGGUCUACCUGUGCCUGCUGCUGUGCGAGGCGCUGCUGGGCGUGGUGCUCAAGUCGGUGUGGCAGCUCGACGCCCGGCGGGGCGGCGCGGGCGCCUGGUACAACGAGGCCCCCCCACAGGGACCCGCCCAGCGCAGCGCGACGCUCCAGUUCCUGGUGGACUUCCUGGACUUUCUGAUCCUCUUCAACUACGUCAUCCCCGUGUCGCUCUACGUCACCGUGGAGAUGCAGAAGUUCCUGGGCUCUCGCUUCAUCGGCUGGGACCCUCGCCUGGCUCACGGAGCACAAGAGGCUCUCGUCAACACUUCGGACGUCAACGAGGAACUGGGACAGGUGGAGUACGUGCUCACAGACAAGACGGGCACCCUCACAGAGAACGUGAUGAACCUCAAGAAGCUGAGCCUCGGAGGAGUCAAGUACCAGGUUCAGCACGGGGAGAUGGUGCCCGAGGCCGGAGAGGAGGAGAGGGGAGGCCCAGGGAUAGACACCAUGGACUGGCAGUGCCCCUCCUUCCUGCUCACCGCCCUGGCUCUCUGCCACACGGUGCGCCUGAGCCCAGAGUCGUCGUCCUCGUCCCGUCGGAGCGGACCUGGUGGUGGCACGGACCCGGACGAGGAGUCUGACUACCUCGCCGCAUCCCCCGACGAGAAGGCGCUGGUGGAGGGAGCGCGGAGGCUGGGCGUCACCUUCCUGGGCACCGUGGACCGCUGGAGCACCCUGAACAUCCGCGGAGUGACGCACAGGUUUGAGAUUCUCCAUGUGCUGGAGUUUGAUCCUCAGCGGAGGAGAAUGAGCGUCAUCGUUCGCACAGAGGAAGGCCGUGCGUUUGUCAUCACGAAGGGCGCCGACCUGGCGGUGAUGCCGUGCGUGGUGGCUGGAGAUGUGGACAAGACUCAGCGGCACGUGGACGACUUCUCCCUGCUGGGUCUGCGCGUGCUGUGCGUGGCCGUGCGCGAGCUCACCUCGGCGGAGCUGUCGGCGGCGAUCCUGCGACUUCGUGACGCCGCGCUGGCCCUGCGGGAGCGGUCGCAGCGCUCGCGGGAGGCCUACGACGCCGUGGAGAGCGGCCUCACCCUGCUGGGAGCGAGCGGCGUGGAAGACCGGCUACAGGAGGGCGUGGUGGAGGCCAUGGCUUCCCUGCGCGACGCCGGCGUCUCUGUCUGGGUGCUCACGGGGGACAAGAUGGAGACGGCCGUGAACGUGGGCUACGCCUGCGGCCUCUUCUCCCCGUCCACCACGCUGCUCUCGCUGGGACGCUCCCCCGCCACAGUCACCGCCACGGGACACGUGGGGGAGGUGGAGCGGGGGGGGAGGGGGGGGAGGAGCGGGGGGAGGAGGGGGAGGGGGGAGGAGGGGAGCGACUACGCUGGGCAACUUGCACGGCUCAUAGCACAGGCUUCGUGUGUGCCCGUGGGAGACUUCUCCUUGGUGGUGUCGGGCUCCCAACUCUCCGUGCUGCUGGGCCACCACCACCACCGGCGUGCCCUGCGCCUGCUGGUGCAGGCCUGCCGCUCCGUCCUCUGCUGCCGACUCGCGCCCCUGCAGAAGGCCGAGGUGGUGCGGCUGGUGAAGGCGCUGCCAGGCAGCCCCAUCACGUUGGCCAUCGGCGACGGAGCCAACGACGUCAGCAUGAUCCAGGAGGCGCACGUGGGCAUCGGGAUUCUGGGAGCGGAGGGACGCCAGGCUGCACGUAACAGCGACUUUGCCUUGCCGCGUUUCCGCUGCCUGCCGCGUCUCCUCCUGGUGCACGGCCACCUGUACUACGUACGCAUCGCACAGCUGGUGCAGUACUUCUUCUACAAGAACGUCUGCUUCAUGACUCCACAGUUUCUCUUCCAAUUCUACUGCGGAUUCUCUCACCAGACGCUCUAUGACAGCUCCUACCUCACCAUCUACAAUCUGUGCUUCACCUCGCUGCCCAUCCUGGCCUACGGCCUGCUGGAGCAGCAGCGCAGCAUGGCCCAGCUGGAGAGGCGACCCGCCCUCUACAGGACUAUCAGGCGCAACGCCCUCCUGUCCCGCCGCCCCUUUGUGUGCUGGACGCUGCUGGGGCUGCUCCACGCGUUCCUCUUCUUCUUCGGCUCCGUCGCCCUCCUGGGAGACGGCGUGGCCCUCAAGUCCAACGGGGAGGUGUUUGGACACUGGGAGCUGGGCACCUUGGUGUUCACUGUCCUGGUGGUGACCGUCAACCUGAAGCUGGCGCUGGACACUCGCUACUGGACGUGGGUGAACCACUUCGUCACGUGGGGGACGCUGAUCUUCUACGUCGCCUUCUCGCUCUUCUACGGCGGCGUGCACUGGCCGCUGCUUAAGGCACAGGGCAUGCGGGGCGUGUUUGCCGAGCUGCUGUCCAGCCUCUCGCUGUGGCUGGGCACGGUGCUGCUGGUCACCGCUUGCCUCGUGCCGGACGUCUUCCGCUCAGUCGCAGGGGGACACGCGUGGCCAGCGGGCGCCCAGAUGAUGAGUGGGACGCUGGCGAGGCUGCGGCCGUGGCGGUGGAGGCGGUGGAGGCGGUGGUGGCGUGGCGGGGGGGAGCGCACGCCGCUGGCGCCACGCUCGGCGGCGGCCCUCCCGGCGGACCCAGCGGCGAGGGGGGGGGGUGGGGGCGGUGGGGGGGGUGGGGGUCACGUGGGUGGGCGCGCCCGGCACGGUGGCGCUGGGCGGCCUGCGGGGAGAGACGAGCGUGUGACGAGGGGCGAGCGUGGUGGUGGUGGUGGU